AUGGCACAAAGUCUGCAAGAAGAGGUGACCUGUCCAGUUUGUCUGGAAAUUUUCUUCAGCCCCAUUUUGCUUCCCUGCGCACACAUUUUCUGCUUUCGUUGCAUGGAAAAAUGGAUGCUGGAACACAGGGAGCUGAAAUUGAGCUGCCCCGUGUGUCGAGGGGUAAGCGACAGCAACCCUUUGGAGGAAUGGCAAAUUGGAGCUCUAUCCCUUCUGUUUGCACAGCACAGUGCCCUGCUGGAGAAAAGUCUGCAUGUGAGCAGUGAGUUACGGAGGUUCCAGGAGGAUAUGACCCUGGAUCCGAGCACCGCCCACUCCUUCCUCAUCCUCUCUGAUGACCUCAAGAGUGUUCGGUGUGGGAGGAUCUGCCACAACCCAAUGGAAGAUCCCCAGAGGUUCACCUACCUGGCCUGUGUCUUGGGCACCCCAUGCUUCUCCUCCGGCUGUCAUUACUGGGAGGUUGAAGUGGGAAAGGGGCAGGAAUGGACUCUGGGGAUCUGCAAGGAAUCAGUCGACAGAAAGAGAAAGGACGGUUUCUUCUCUAAACAUGGCUUCUGGUUUAUCAGCAUGAAGGCCGGAACCAUCUAUAAUGGCUCCAUCCCAGAAACCAGAAUUCCUGCGAGCCCUGAACUUAGCCACGUAGGAAUUUUCUUAGAUGUUGAGAUGGAAGAAAUCAAGUUUUUUGAUGUGAGAGGUAAUGCCCUCAUCUAUACACACAGUCAUCUUUCAUGCGUGGAGCCAUUGCGUCCGUUCUUCUGUCCUGAGCUGCCUAGAGAAAAUGAGUGUGGAACCUCCCUGAAGAUCUGCUCAUGA